CGUUCUCACCUGCAUUCAAGAUGUCCGCAAACUUCACUGUCCUCAUAGAAGAGACGUUGGACUUGAAAAUGAAGAAAGACAAAGAGGAACUUGAAAUGCAUAAAUGAAUAAAGAUUUUUUCCAGAGAAGAAGAACAAGAAGAUGAGCGCGGAGUUGUAGCUCUAUGGACCACGACCUGUUCGUGCAGAACGAGGUUGGACCAAGAGAAGCAAAAUGUCUGCCCCGGUGUUGAUAUCGAUCUCUGACAUCGAAUCUCCGGACAACGCAGAGGAGGGGUUCUUUUUCGCGGACUCCCACGCGCACGAGGAGGAGCGGUUCACCAGGCUCGUGGCGUCUCUCGCAACCCUGGCCUUGCUGCUCUCCUUGAUGGUGAGCGCACUGCUCUCCGUGCACGUACUGCGGAGGAUGUUUCGGGUGCAGCGGACCCGCGGAGGCCUCCUCACCGAGGACGAAGACAAUUUUUCAGUGUGGUCGGAUGAGCCUCUGUCUCUGUCACCCCCGCCACCUCGGUCCAGCGACCCGAACGAGGGCGGUUUAUCCGGGAAGAUGUUUGGUGCAUCAACUACCCGGGGCGAGGGAGAAGGACAGCGCGAGGACGUUGUGCUGGAUCGUGGGUCCACGAGCUUGUCGCCGUUCACGAACCCGGGGGAGUGGCGCGCAAUCGUGUGCGGGAACACCGUGGCGAACAAGGAAGUGCGUGUGCUGACCGAGGCCGAAGAAAAAGCUGCGAAGCGGCGCCGGUCAGCGAGGAAAAGCAACAGGGCGCUGCAAGGAAAGGACAACUACACCGUGCAGUGGAAAGCGUUUGAGCCAGCGGGACCCCGAGGUGUUGCACACUGCGAAACAUGGAUUGAGUACGAGCAGGACUGA